AUGCCUACGAAGGGGGAGAGGGGAAAAGCGACGGACUUCAGCAUCGCGGCCAUCAUGGCGCCCAGGGGUCCGUCCUUCGGGCAUUACCACCUGCAGGGCAUCGGCAACGCUGCUGCCACCGCUAAUACCAGCCUAGAAUGCCCAACCGGCAAGGGAUUCGUUGCUGGAUCAACAUUGGAUCAUCGUGUUCAAGCGUCGCCGGUGAACAUUGUGGCGACGGCGACAGUGGUGACGGAGGAGGCGCUCCUCGGCGACGAAGAGGCCGAGAACUGCGAGGGCGAGAGCGAGAGCACCGAGAAGUCCGCGAACGAGGAGGACGAGGAGGUGGACGUCGACGUGGAGGAGUGCAGCAGCGUCGACGAUGGCCCGGUUCACGGGAUGCUAGCCGACGAUCGCGCCGGCACGCCCUCGCGGAAACGCGGCGCGGACGGUGGCGGCGGCGGCGGCGGUGGCGGCGGCGGCGGCUGCAACGGGGACGAGAAGAAGCAACAACGUCUGAGGACCAGCUGCAACUCCGACGAGCUGCGUGACGUCGAGUGCCACCUCGAGACCAAGGAUCUCUGGGACAAGUUCAACGACCUCGGCACGGAGAUGAUCAUCACGAAGACCGGCCGACGAAUGUUCCCGACGUGCCGGGUAUCCUUCACCGGGCUCAAGUCCGAGGGCCGUUACGCAGUAUUGAUGGACAUCGUGCCGGUCGACAACAAGAGGUACCGAUACGCCUAUCACCGUAGCUGCUGGCUGGAGGCCGGCAAAGCGGAUCCGCCGGCACCCGCGCGACUUUACGUGCAUCCCGAUUCACCCUUCACCGGCGAACAAUUGCGGAAGCAGGUUGUCUCCUUCGAGAAAGUGAAGCUGACGAACAACGACAUGGACAAGCACGGCCAGAUCGUACUGAACUCGAUGCACAGGUAUCAGCCGAGGAUACACUUGGUCCGUUGUCGACACACCGACGACAACAACGUGCACAUCACCGACCUCCAGAAGGAGGAGCACAAGACGUUUAUCUUUCCGGAGGCCAUUUUCACCGCCGUCACGGCGUAUCAGAACCAGCUGAUAACAAGAUUGAAGAUCGACAGCAAUCCAUUCGCCAAAGGUUUCAGGGACUCGUCGAGACUCACCGACUUCGAUCGAGAUCCAAUGGAACUCAUGGAACAGCAACUGGUCAGAUGUGGCGUACCCCCGGUGAGAAUCUACGAACAUCUCGCCAUGCCGUCGCCGGUCGUGGUGGCCGCGGCCGCGGCCGCGACGUUGGGCGUCCAGCAGCAGCAGCAACAGCAGCACCAUCAGUCGUCCGCGCAACAGCAGCAACAGCACGAGAACGGCGGAGCGCACGGGUUGCCGCCCUGGCUGUCGCCGGCGUCGACGGCGCUCCUGUACGGCACCAGGGGCGCAGCCGGCUCGCCGUCGCCCUACUCCACUGCCGCCGCCGCCGCCGCCGCCGCCGCCGUCGCGGCCAACCCCGGCUUCCCGUAUCCGACGACGCUGCCGUGGCCCUGGCAACCGCCGCCCUCCGUCGCGAUGAUCUCGCGACGAUCCUCACCCCCCACCGCGGCCAGCCUGAGGUACGUGCCCUAUCCACCGACGGCCAGCACACCCCCGCCGCUGCGGGCACGCCCGUCCUCCCCCAAUUAG